AUGCUCUGCAAGUCAAUUUUUGCCGCAGCGGCCCUUCUUGGCCUGGUGGCGGCUCAGGUGCAUACCGACUGCAAUCCCAUGGAACGCGAUUGUCCAGCAGAUCCAGCAUUCGGAACUGAUCACAACUUCAAUUUCAACGUCACCCCGAGCGGCGACCUCUGGGAGACCACUGCCGGCACCGUCACCUACGAUGCUCAAACUGGCGCCGCCUUCACCAUCAACAAACAAGGCGACUCCCCAACGAUACGCACCAAAUUCUACUUCUUUUUUGGCCGCACUGAAAUCCACCUCAAGGUCGCCCCUGGCCGAGGCAUUGUCAGUUCCAUGAUGUGGCUUAGUGACGACCUUGACGAGGUCGAUUGGGAGUUCCUGGGCUCCAACAAGACCUUCGCCACGACCAAUUACUUUGGCAAGGGCCGCCAGGAUUUCAAGAACGGCGGUUCUCACCCCAUGACCGGUAUGCAGGACGACUAUCACAACUACACCACCGUGUGGACCAAGGAAUCCAUCGAAUGGUUCAUCGACGGAAACCGUGUCCGCACCCUGAAUGCCAAGGAUGCCAACAACACGCUCAACUAUCCUCAGACUCCCAUGCGUAUGAGCGUCGGCAUCUGGGCUGGUGGUGACCCGUCUCUUCCCGAAGGGACCCGUCAGUGGGCCGGCGGCGAUACAGACUAUGCCAAUGGGCCCUACACCAUGUACCUCAAGAGUGCUCAGGUCGCCGACUACAGCAGCGGCAAGGAGUAUACCUAUGGUGAUCGUUCCGGCAGCUGGGAAAGCAUCAAGAUUGCGAGCGGAAACUCUACCGCCCUCGCCGCCCUGAACAAACAGCCCGACAAGUCACUCGGCGAGAAAUGGAACGACCUUCCCUCUGGAGCCAAGGCUGCUGUUUACGCCGGAGGCGCUGUGGUUGCUGCUUUGGCCGUGGGGACUCUGCUUUGGUACUACAUCCGACAGCGUCGAAUUGGAGCCGCAGAGGCCAAGGCCGCGGCCCAGCGCGAGGAUGAGGAGCGACGCGAGAAUGCAAGGUUCCUCAAGGACGGCGUCAAUCCCGACGGCUUCACUGCCCAUGGCCAAGAGUACAACGCUAGCGAGCUCCGGGCUGGUGGCGUGGCCGAUAAAAACACUUACCACGUACUUGAAUCGAGUCCGUUUGACGGGCCCUUUGACGAAAAGUCUCGCCUUGGAAGCAGCGCUAGCAACGUUAGCAGCCUUGGUGGUGCUGCCGGUGCUGGCGUCGUGGCCGCCGGAGCCAUGCGAGGCCAACCCGGCCGAACGGCCAGUCCCGCGCCUUCAAGCCAUCGUGGUUUUGAUUUUGGUGUUCCUCCCAGUCCCGGCCACCCACCGCGCUCUCAGAGCCCCGGGAUGCCUCAAAGCGCUCGUCAGCACCAGAUGCGUGGCGACUCGUCUCCCGACCCAUACUCACGAACGGGGUCCCCUGGACCUCGUCAGCAAGGCUAUGGACUGCAGAGAAUGCAAAGCCCAGGAGCCAUGGGUCCCCAAAGAAGCUUCACCGACGACCAACAGCCAGGCUACGGAUACCGGGGACCUGUGUCUCCCAGACGAAAAAACAAUGGCUGGUAA